AUGAUUGAUAAUAUUCUUUUGAAGGGGACUUGGCCCCAAUUUUUUCCCAGUGAUAUGCAAGAGGUGCUUUGUGUGUCCACAGAGGAAUGUCUUGGAGACCUUACUGAGAUAGCUGACAAAAUUUGGGAAGCUCGUGAGCCGAAGAUCAAUGAGGAGAAUUCCUCUCAAAUUGAAUUGAUUAUUGUCUCACUAAAAGCUGUUGUGCACGAUCUCGUCAGAGUGGGUGAGGCGAUCAGUGCGACAUCAAUUGGACACCUAAUUCAGGCUGCCCCUAACAGAUCCGCAAAGAAACUCCGGUCCAGCCAUCGUUAA